AUGGACCUCGGCGCGGCUGCCCCCCUGGCCUUGCUCCUGCUGGCCUGCCUGGCCUGCCUGGCGUUGUACCUCAAUGGGAAGCAGGGCGGGAGGGGCGGGAAGGGCAGGCUGCCGCCCGGCCCCACACCACUGCCGCUGCUGGGCAACCUCCUACAGCUGGACCCCAACGAAAUGCACCGAUCUCUGGAGAAGCUCGGCGAGAGGUUCGGGCCGGUCUACACCGUCCACCUGGGCUCGCUGCCCUGCGUGGUCCUCUGCGGCUACCAGGCGGUGCGGGAGGCCCUGGUGGAGCAGGCGGACGACUUCAGCGGCCGCGGGGACUUCCCCGUGGGAACGAAGGCGGGCGGGGGCCUGAGGAGGGUCUCUCCUUCCGGAGGCAUCGCCUUCUCCAACGGGGAGAAGUGGAAGACGCUGCGCCGCUUUGCGCUGCACGCGCUGAAGAACUUCGGGAUGGGGAGGAGAAGCAUCGAGGUCCGGAUCCAGGAGGAGGCCCAGUGCCUGGUCCAGGAGUUCCGGAAGACUGGGGGGGCACCCUUCAACCCCCUGGACCUCGUCUGCCGCGCCGUCUCCAACGUCAUCUGUGCCGUGGUGUUCGGCCGCCGCUUCGACUACGAGGACGCCGCCUUCCUCGUCCUGCUCAACCACCUGAACGACAACUUCAGGAUCAUGAGCUCCGCCUGGGGAGAGCUCUACAACAUUUUCCCGCGCCUCAUGGACUUCUUGCCGGGGCCUCAUCACCAGAUCUUCCGGAACUUCGAGAAACUGCGCCAGUUCAUCGCUGAGCGCAUCCGCCAGCACCAGAGGGACCUGAACCCCCGCGAGCCGCAGGACUUCAUCGACUGCUUCCUCGUCCGCAUGGAGCAGGAGAAGCAGGACCCCCUGAGCCACUUCCACAUGGAGACCCUGGUGAUGACCACCCACAACCUGUUCUUCGGGGGCACCGAGACGACCAGCACCACCCUGCGCUACAGUUUCCUGAUCCUCAUGAAACACCCCGAGGUGGCAGCUCGAGUCCACGAGGAGAUCGACCGCGUGAUCGGGCCCGAGCGCACGCCCUGCCUGGCCGACCGCAAGCACAUGCCGUACACGGACGCCGUGCUCUACGAGGUCCAGCGCUUCAUCUCCAUCCUGCCCAUGGGGCUGCCCCGUGCCGUGACGCGGGACACCCCCUUCAGGGGCUACCUGCUGCCCAAGGGCACCAACGUCAUCCCCUUACUGAGCUCCGUCCACUACGAUCCCAGCCAGUUCAAGGAUCCGACUUCCUUCAACCCAGCCAACUUCCUGGGCGAAAACAACGAGUUCCGAAGCAGCGAUGCUUUCAUGCCCUUCGCCCCAGGGAAGCGCAUCUGCCUGGGAGCCGGCCUGGCCCGCAUGGAGCUCUUCCUCUUCCUCGUCACCAUCCUGCAGCGCUUCACGCUGCGGCCGCUGGUCAGCCCCGCGGAGAUUGACCUGACCCCGCAGAGCACCGGCCUGGGCAACGUGCCGCGCCCGUUCCAGCUCCGGCUCCUUCCCCGCUAGCGCUCGCCAGCCCAGCAGCCCCUGGCUGGGACCCUGCCUCACCGCCCCUCCGGCCAGCAGCGCUCCCGGCGCUCGGCGGGGUGUCCCGCCCGCCCGCCCGCCGGCCUGCCGCCCGCCCAGCCCCAC